UCUGUUUGUCGCUAAUCUUCAUAUUUAUUGCUAAAAUCUCCUUCUCAAUUUAGUCAGAAUCCCUAAUUCUAUUCAUCCUUCACUCCGAAUCCCUAAUUUUCUUGCAGAUUUGUGAAAGAGAUGAGGCGAUGAGCUAGUUUGGAGUCUUGAAUAAGUUCGUUUUCGAAGCAGUUGAAGGAACUAUGUUAGCUGCCAAUGUGCACCCAUUUAGUUCCCCUUUAGCAGUAGGUCUUGAAAAAACUAGUAGUUUCGCUGUUUCACGGAAAAAUGCAGUACUUGUGGCCAAAUGCAAGCCCAACCGUGUAAGCACAGGCAUCAGAUCGUCUUUACAGUCGAUUGUAGCUCCAGAGGUUGAUAAAGACUUCACCUCUGCUCAAACCCGGGUUAAGAUUUUAUCUGAAGCGUUGCCCUUUAUCCAAAAAUUCCGUGGCAAGACUAUUGUUGUCAAAUAUGGAGGAGCAGCGAUGAAAUCUGAGGCCCUGCAGGCAUCUGUUAUUGAUGAUGUCGUACUUCUUUCCUGUGUCGGUCUCCGUAUUGUGUUUGUCCACGGAGGCGGGCCUGAGAUCAACCACUGGCUUGGCAAGCUGAAUAUCGAGCCAAAUUUUCUUAAUGGGCUCCGUGUCACGGAUGCAUCAACCAUGGAGAUUGUGUCGAUGGUGUUGGUUGGUAAAGUGAACAAGCAGCUCGUUGCGCUGAUCAACAAAGCUGGCGGGACUGCGGUCGGGUUAUCGGGAAUCGAUGGCCGGCUUUUGACUGCUCGGCCAUCUCCCAACGCCUCGCAGCUUGGUUUUGUUGGGGACAUUGCAAGUGUCGACCCCACGGUCAUCCGCCCGCUUAUUGACAAUAACCAUCUCCCCGUGAUCGCCUCAGUCGCUGCAGAUCCGACGGGACAGGCCUACAACAUAAAUGCCGACACGGCGGCUGGCGAGCUGGCAGCAGCAUUGGGCGCGGAGAAGCUGAUUUUGUUGACGGACGUGGCCGGGAUACUGGAGGACCGGAACAAUCCGGAGAGCUUGGUGAAGGAAAUCGACAUCAAGGGAGUGAAGAAGAUGAUUGAAGAGGGGAAGGUGGCUGGUGGGAUGAUCCCGAAGGUCAACUGCUGCGUGAGGUCUCUGGCUCAAGGUGUUCGGACGACGAGCAUCAUCGAUGGGCGGCUGAAGCAUUCUCUACUUCUUGAGAUUCUCACAGGUGAAGGUGCUGGAACGAUGAUCACUGGCUGAGAAGUAUUGCUGGUAAACAGUAAACUAAUCUUGUUUUUUUUGGAAAUGUCAAUUUUUAAUUUCUCAUGCUGAAAUGGAACUUCUUGGAGUUGAUAUUUA